AUGUUUUAAUUGUAUGAGAAUGCCGAGAAUUCAACCUACUCUUUUGAGUUCAAGUUGGAUCUAACCUUGUUGAAUGUGUUGCGAUCAUUCACACACAAAGAUCAUGAAUUUCAGGAGGGGUAUUUGGAAUCAAUUUAUGCAUUGUUGUACUACUAUCAGGGGAAGCCAGAGAGUGAGUUAUUUUCAGAGUACUGUGCCUAGAAGGGAAAUCACACAAUCGAGGCUUUAAUAUUUUAGGUGCAUUAUUAUAUUGCAUCGCUAGCAAAUUUAAAUUAGUUGGUGGGAUUCCUGAAGGCAGACGAGAACAAAGUUAUCCCAUUAUCGAGAAGUGACAUCAACAAAACAAAUAUCUUGUCAGUGCAUUCGAUCACAGAUCGAGUGGGUUCCAUAAAUAGCACUGUAUUGGUGAGCAAGUCCUAGACUGUGAAACCAGAGUAUCUUGAUUUAAGAGUGAAGAUAUGCACCUAUGAGAAUAAAGAGGAAGGAGUAUUUUCUAUAGAUUAUAAUGUGCUCUCAUUGGCAAUAUAAGCCAAAGGUAAGUUGGAUCCAUUGGUAGGAAGUCAUUUGGCCAAUAAAUUGAAUAAGAUGUUUAAAUUGGAGUUGUAUCACAUUCUCUUGCAUUUUGCCGAUAAGAAAGGGUAGGUGACAGAGAAUUAUGAUGAAAGAUGCAUGAUCAUUGUAAAUGGAGUCAGCAAUUUCUCAUUUCACAAAAAGGAGUUCACUGAUUUGAGAGACAAGUUCAUUAGACUCUCAUAUGGAAAUGUGGAGAAGAAUGUCGAUGAAAUAACUAAGUUAUUAAUGGACUUAGACCAAGAUGUUGGUAAAUCAAUUAUAGCAAGAGAUACAAAGAGUAAUCAUUAUUUGGAGAAAUUAUUGGUUGGUUUGUUGGGAAAUCCAUUAUAAUUGAUAAGAGAUCAAGCAAUCAUUUUAUUGAAUAUUUUAUAUGAUGGUGUGGAUUGGUAAAAGAGAGUGCCAUUCAAACCCAAGAUAACAAAGGUAGGAUCUAAAUUUGAUAUACAAUACUUAUUUGAAUAUGAUUCAUCAUAUCCUUUAAGUUCAAUUGUUAUUCUCUUGAAGAGUUACAUAUUUGAUUCUGGAUGCAAAUAAAAUAUAGUAUCAUGGCACAAACCUAAAUUGAGUGAGUAUAGUAAUUAGGGAGAUAAAAAGUAUAUGGCAUUUAAGAUGGAUUUUGGUAGAUUCAAGAGAUGUGGUUUUUAUGAUUGGAAGUUAAUUAGAAUGACAACUUCUGGUAAAUUGCAGAGUCUUCAGAAAAUUAUGAAUUUGGAUGAAUUGAAAAGCAAUGUUGAAAUUACAGCACUUCAGAUGAUGGAAGCCAAACCAAUUCAAGGAAGAUUUAUAGUUCAUCCUAGAGAUUCUAAGAACUUACAAAUUCAUGAAAUUUAUGUUGAUUUGUUGGAUGCUAAACCAGAUAAUCAAGGUAAGUUCACAAAGAGGGGAAAUUUCAGAAAAGUUCGUGAAAAAAUACCUGAUUUAGUAUAAUAAGGAAUUAAUUGUGUUUAUUUAAUGGGUACUUUAGAGAGAGAUAAUGGAUUAAUGAUUGAUUAAGACAAACAAUAAAAGUUGUUUAAGAGACCAGAUGUCAGUCCAUUGGCCAUUACUUGUAGAUUAACACCUAAUUAAAUGUUGGGAGGCAAAGAGGAGUUCAUGCAAUUAAAUAAGGUUGCUCAAUAAAACAAAUUAAGAAUAAUAGUAGAUAUGGUUACACGUAUAAGUAGUGCAAGACCUCAUCGAAAAUACAGAAAGGAUUUGGUAUAUAGAUUGGAUGAGUAAGGAAGAUCAGUUGCUAUGUUUGGUACGGAUGGAAGAUCUAUACAUUUUGAAGAUACAAUCAUUUUGAACAAUAGAAAAAAGAGAGUUUGGGAUGUCUUAUUGGAAGAAAUGAUAGAAUUGACAACUCAAUACAAUAUUCAAGGGGUUCAUUUGGAUAAUGGAUCUUCAUGGCCAUAAAUAUUUUCUCUUGAUUUGGAUGAGAUGUAUAGAAAGGACACUGAUGGCAAUCAAGCAUAUUCCAAUAAAUAAAUCUUUAGUGGUGAAAUCUGUUUAUAAAAUGAAGAUUGUGGUUAUUGGGGUUCAAGUGUCAAAAACCUAUAUCCAAAUCCAUUUUUAGUAAAGAUUUGUAAGUCCUUAUGGAGUAAGUUCCCUAACUUUUUGAUUGUGGCAGAGGCUUGGGGUGCAAUGGGAGAAUAAGAAGAAAGAGAGAUCAAUCUGAUUUAAAGUGGUGUGAUUCCUAGAUUAUUCAAGUUACCAAUUGCUAUUGCAUCCAUAUUUGGAGAAAAUUUGAAGAAGGAUGGUACUAUGGUCAAGAUGGAGAGAAAGAAUGUUAAUGCAAUAAAAAAGUGGAUUGAAUACACAGCCAAAUAAUAUCCAGCAGGCAGUAUCAUAGUUUAGAGUACAACAUAUAAUUCAUGGCCUUAUCCUGCUUUAAUUUAUAAACGAGGUACAUGGGCAGCUGUAGAUUUGUUCUUUACUUUGUAAGAUAUUCCUAUGACUUUUAUGGGAGAGGAAGAAGGGUUCGCAUUUCGAGAAAAAACAACUAAUGUGUUCAAUUAUGUGACAAAACAUGAGAGUUCAGAAAUCAAAUUGUAAGAUCCAACUUAAUAAAAGACACCACAGAGAUCACUCAAGAGAGCUGAAUCUUAUGUUUAAGUUAAUGAGGAUUAUGGAUUUGGAUACAAUACAUUAACACAUCAAGUUUAAUUAUAGAUUACAUAAUCACCUGCCAAAUCCAGUAAUAGUGGCUAACCUGUAAGAGUACAAAGUGGUUCAUCAUUGUCAUAGAUGGAUAUCUCCAACAUUGCAACAGCUCAGGAGAAUUUUAGAAGAGAAGUGGGACCAUAAUUUGGAUUCGAUUUAUAACAGAUUGGAAAACAUUAUGUUCACAUUAGACAAAUGAGAAAACAACAUAAAGUGUUAAGAAAUGGAUAGAUGGUAUCAUUGUCAGCUGAACAUAUGUAUGGAUGGCAUACACAUGUGUUGGCCUUUGCUAGGUAUUCUAAAGAUGAAAUGGCCUUGAUUGCUAUAAAUUUUAAUGAUGGUGAAAUUGAUAUGUUCAUGAAUCUUAGAAAUUUAAGAUAUUAUUUUCCUAAUUCAGAAAGAUCUAAUAUUGUUGUAAGAUUACGAAAUUGGUCAUAUCCUAAUUUGGAGAAUGAAGAGACAAGCUACUUUUAUAUUGGUAACUUUUUGACAUCCAGAUUAGAGGUUCAUCUGAAGAACUUUUAAUCUUAAAUUUGGGGAGUUGAAAUCUUAGGUAACUCUUAGGAGGUCCAAUAAAAAGCUUAGAAAAGUGCAUUGAUUAGAUUGUAAUAGAAGAUGUCAUCAAACAUUCCAUUAACUAUCUAUGGAAAUGAUGCUGCAAAUAAGUUGACAUUAUUAACAGACAACUUGAAUUCUUUGUAGUAAUUUAUCAAUGGCUUUUCUCACUAUUACACUCGAGUGAUUAAACCAAAUAACUUUGAUUUGAAUAGAUUGAUCAGUUCAAUGAAGGAUUUCCAAUCUAAUAAAGUGAGAUUGUGUAAACUAUUUGCAUUCUUCUAAUCGAUACUUGGAACUCAAGAUAAGAAUUUGCCUUUCUAUGACACACUAUAAUAAUUGAUUAAUCUUAACAAAUUGGGACCCAUGUGUUUCUGUACUCCUGAGUUGGGCAAAUGGACUACAACUGGUGGAUUGGGAGUAAUGGUAGAUGAAUUAACAUAAGAAUUAGCCAAAAUGAAUGAAGAAGUCAUCCUGAUCACUCCUUAUUAUCAUAGAAAUAAGAAAGGGGAAACAGGAUAUAUACUCAGUGAUGGAUUCUAGCACAUUAGAAAUAUCGAAAUUUGGUUGUAGGGUGAAAAGAUAAUAAUGGGUGUUUUUGAAGGAGUUUUCAAUGGAGUAAGAUUGUUUUGGUUACAUAAUGAACAAUAUUUCCCAUCUGCAUAUGCAGGGGAAGAUGCUAGUUAUGUUAUGAAAUAAUUAACAGUUUAUGCUAAAGGAUGUUUAGAAUUAUUAUGUUAAAUCAAACUUAUUCCUUCAUUAAUUGUCACUAACGAUUGGUUCUGUGGUUUAAUCCCAGGAUAUCUCAGAGUAAGAAGAUAUGGCGAAGCCUUUGCUGGUACUAAAUCAUUUCACAUUGUUCACAAUUUGGACCCUUUAUAUGAAGGAAGACUUUAUCCAAAACCAAACGAAGGAAAAUUGGACUAUAUUCAUGAACUUCCUAACGAUUUCUUUGUUGAUCCAUACUGGCAGAAUUUAGUUAUAAACCCAUCAAGAUGUCCAUUGAUUACAUGUGAUAAUUGGGGAACAGUUUCUUAAUCUUAUAAAUAUGAAUUGUUAGAGUCCUCCCCAUUAGCAAGUGUGUUGAGGAGACAUCCUCAUCCUUUUGCUUUUCCCAACGGUAUCAGAAGAGAAUAAAGAUUCAAGGUGAUUAUGGAUAAAACUAACAAUGAUCAUUUGAAGGCCAAGGAAUAAUUGUAAAAGAAAUAUUUUGGUUGUUCCUAACUUGAAAAUCACAUUGUUGUACUAGGCUUUGUAGGUAGAGUCACUAAACAAAAGGGAGUUCAUCUCAUAUUGGAAGUUGCUGAAGAACUAAUUUAAAGAAGUCAAGGCACUGUUUAGAUAUUAGUUGGUGGACCUGCUGAUAUGAAAGAGGAGUACAGUGCAUUUUGUGCUUAGAAUAUGAUCAGAUUGAAAUCUAUUUAUCCUAGGAACUUUUGGGCUGAUCCAUCUGCAUUCUUUAUGGAUGGUACUUUAGUGAAUGUUGGUUGUGAUUUUGGAUUAAUGCCAUCAUUAUUCGAACCUGGAGGUAUAGUUUAACAUGAGUUCUUUAUUGGAAGCACUCCAGUUAUUGCCUUUAAGACUGGUGGGUUAAGGGAUACUGUCCAUGAAUAUGAUUAGAAACAAUAAAAGGGAUCUGGAUUCAUUUUUGAUUAAUACAAUAGAGGAAACUUCUUAUAUUCUAUAGACAGAGCUCUCUAAUUAUACAAGAAUCAAGACUAGUACACUCAGCUAAGAAAAAAUGCCUUUGAUGCAGCUAUUGAUGUUGCUGAUGUAAGCAGAGCAUGGGCUUAAGAAUAUUACAGAUUAUUUGAAAAGAACUUUAUAGAUAAAGAAUUAGUUUAGUAAAUGGUUGGACAAAUUCAAUAAGAUUAUAAAGAAUUAAAGGAACAAGAGCUUUUUACAAAAGAAGAAGGAAGAGUAUUUUCUAAUUCAGACAAAACCCUUAAGAAUUUUGAAAGGAUUUUGGCUCAUGCAAAGAGAUCCAAUUUGAGAUUACAUUAAUUUGUGUAUCGAUCAACUAGACUGUUGCAACCAAGAUAAGUAGCUGUGUCUGGUUCAUUUGAUGAAUGGAAGGAGAAACACAAACUCAAAUUUGAUCAUUUCUCCAAGGUCUGGAAUGUUACACUGAAACUCCUUCCUGGAGAAUAUUAUUAUAAAUUCUAUGUUGAUGGAGAGUGGAUUUGCACAGAUGACGAUCUUAAAGAUAACGACAUAUAUGGUAAUAUAAAUAAUUUUGUCAUCAUUUAAUGA